AUGUCAAUUGAUAAUAAAACCCAAUUAAAAUAUCUUACAGAAGAAAAGAAAAAGAAUGUUAAACCAAAGAAAGUAAGUAAAAAAGAAUUUAAAGAAGCAAAAGAAGAAAAAAAAGAAAAAGAAAUAACAAGAAUUCCAUUUCCAACUGGUUAUUCAUUAAAUCCAAAAGAUAAAAUUCUUGGAGUUGUUUCUGAAAUUAAAGAUGGUAGAAUUAUAAUUAGUUUACCAUUUAGAUUAAAAUAUGUUUGUUCAUUUGAAAAUAUUCCAUUUGUUAAACUUGGAGAUAUAAUUCCAUUAUCAGUAAUUUCACCAACUACAAAAGAAAAUAGAUUAGAUUGUACAUUUGAUAUUUCUAUAAUAAAUGAAAAUAGAGGAAUUAAAAUAAAUGAUGUUGUUUAUGGAAUAAUUCUUUCAAUUGAAGAUUAUGGAUAUCAAGUUAAUGUUGGAAAUAAUAAUACAGUUUUUGUUAAAAAAAAUGAAGAUAUAAAUGAUUUAACAGAAGAAAAUGAUAUGUCAGAAAUAA